UUAAUAUUUCUUUUUUCGUGUAUGUAAUACUUGACUGGUUUCAAGUGGUUCAGAUAAAGGCGGUAAAAAAUUUAAGUUAAUUAUUACACAAUCGAUAAAAACUUCUCGAACUAUGACCUCCACGACUUAUUUGUUCGUUGAUCGAUGCUGCUUCUGAAUCGAUUUUGAUGACUACAGUAUCUGCGAUUUGUUAUUAAUAGACUGUUAAUAACAGCGAUGCGAAUAUGGCCGAGACAGUGUACAAUCCAGUGUAAUCAGUAUGAUAUAUGAUUGCUUCCCGCCUAAUAAAUUGUCUUUUGUUUCACACUGGUCGGCACCGUCGUGUCAUACGUUUGCUAAAUUUUUUAUGGUAAUUUAAAAAUCAAGAAUUAUGAGAAGCUUGAAAUUGUUGCCGUUUCGAUCUGUAUGCACGGGGAAUGUCUUUCGGAAUAGAUUAACCGAGGAAAUUGAUCAAUUAGGCAAAUCUGCAACAGUUAAGAGAUCCACCGUUGAUCUCGCUUCGAUAGAACUUCAUUCGAAGUUGAGUAACAAAUGGUGGGAUUUAAAUGGCGAGAUGCGUGCUCUGCAUACAUUAAACCCACUCAGAGUACAGUUUGUUCGGGAUGGUUUAGCUAAUACAGGAGCAAAAGUGGACACUCCUUGUUUACCCUUAGAGGGUACUAAAAUUUUAGAUGUUGGGUGCGGUGGUGGGUUGUUGUCAGAACCAUUAGCUAGAAUAGGAGCAGAAGUAACUGGCAUCGAUGCGUCUGCAGAAUUGAUAGCAACUGCUAAAGAACAUGCUUUAUUAGAUCCAAAUUUAGAUGGAAAGUUGAACUACAUUGAAACUGUUAUAGAAGAUUUUUCUAUAGAAAAUAAAGAAAAGUAUAAUGCUGUGGUAGCUUCUGAAGUUUUAGAGCAUGUAAACGACAAAGAACUAUUUUUAAAGUGCUGUAUAAAUACAAUAAUGCCUGGGGGUUCGAUAUUUCUCACAACAUUGAAUAAAACUUUGCCAGCUUGGCUUGGAGGUAUCAUAGCUGCUGAGCAUGUACUGAAAUUAAUACCAACAGGGACGCAUGAUUGGAAUAAAUUUAUUACUCCAACUGAGAUUCAAUGUUUACUGGAAACAUGUGGUUGUAAGACCAAGUUAAUUCAUGGGAUGUUUUACAAUCCAUUAAAGAAUGAAUGGUAUUGGACCUCGUCUACAGCGAUAAACUAUGCGAUUCAUGCAAUGAAAAAACGAGAGUAAUAAUGAGUGUAUUUUUUAUAUUAAUUAUAAAUGAUUUUUCUACGAUGCAUCGUGUCUGUGAACUUAAUUUAUUUCAUAUUAUUGUACAAGGCUGUGAUUGCAAAUAUAGAUUAUAAAUAAUAGAA